CAAUUUUCCAUUUCUUACCCUUCUUUUUUUUCGGUUUUCAAGCCAUCUGCGAGAGAGGAAGUCUGCUGCGUCUCUCUGUGAUUUUCUUCACGGUAAGGAACUGGAAGUUUGUCUCUCUUUCUCUCUACGAUUUCCCUCAAGGCACCAGUGUUAGAUUAUAGCUCCUUGUCAUAACAAAAACAUCCAAGGAUCUCAAAGUGAGAAUGAAAACACCAAUGACAACAAAGGUGGAAGGAUUAUUUGGUCAAAAGAAUCGGUUUACAUCCCUUGUGAUCUUUGUAUUAAACACGUUGAAAAGAGUAAGGGGAAAAAUGGCGGUGUUACUUCUCAAAGGUUAAAUUGGAAGAAGAUUGAAUGUGAUUUCCAAAAAGAAGCUAAGCUAUCUUGGGAUAAACCGAAGUUGAAAUCUAAGAUUGAUUGGUUGAGAGCAAGGUGGGUUGUUUGGAAAGAACUUAAGAGAAGAGCUACAGGAUUGGGAUGGGAUCAUAUAAAAGGGACUAUUGAUGCUUCUGCCGAAUGGUGGGCUCUAAAAAUCCAGGUAUGGACACUACAAAAAUGAAAACCACACUUCUCUUAUUGUUAGCAUAUUUAAAAGAGGAGGAUGAAUUCAGUGAUAUGAUCUCUUGUGUAGCGGGUUACAUGACUUGUGUUUGUGCGGAUCAUAUACCUAGAGAGCGAUGUAUGACUUCAUAUUUAACAGGUGAACGAUGAGUAAAUGAGUUAUUGAGUGGUCAUGAAAAACGAUGUUUUAAUGCAUUGAGAAUGAACCAACUUACAUUUCGUGAAUUAUGUCAACAGUUAGAGGUGAAAUAUGGCUUAAAAUCAUCAAAUAGGAUAUCCGUUUUAGAGAAAGUUGCUUUGUUUGUAUUUGUAUUGAGCAAGGGUGCGUCUAAUAGAGAUACACAAGAGCGUUUUCAACAUUCUGGAGAAACCGUGAGUAGAAUUUUCAAAGAAGUUUUGAAAGCAAUGGACGGAUUUUCAAGAGAUCUAAUUCAACCUAAAGACCCUGAGUUCAAGAGCAUUCCACCACAAAUUGUCAAUGAUGAUAGAUAUAUGCCACAUUUCAAGGUAUAACGACAUUAUAUUAUAAAUGCGACUAUUUAAACUACUAACAAUAUCAAUUUUAUGUAUUCAAUAAGAUUGUAUAGGAGUUAUUGAUGGUACUCACAUCGAAAUAACUAUUCCUGAAGACGAGCAAUUACGUUAUAGAGGAAGGAAGGGAAUACCAACUACGAAUGUAUUAGCAGUGUGUGACUUUGAUAUGUUAUUCACAUACGUUUUAAGCGGUUGGGAGGGAUCAGCACACGACUCCCGAAUUUUCCUUGACACUAUCAACAAUGCAAGUCUCAAUUUUCCACAUCCACCUCAAGGUAAGUAUUAUUUAGUGGAUAAAGGAUUCCCGGAAAGAGUUGGAUAUUUAACUCCAUACCCAAAAGUAAGGUACCAUCAAUCUGAGUUUCGUGGUGCAAAUCCAAGAGGAAGUCAAGAAGUUUUUAAUAAAGCGCAUUCAUCAUUAAGAAGUUGCAUUGAGAGAGCUUUUGGUGUUCUUAAAGCUCGGUGGAAGAUAUUGCAAAUAAUGCCAAGAUAUUCAUUAAUGGAUCAAAACAAGAUUAUUUGUUCGUGUUUUGUUUUGCACAACUAUAUUCGAAUGAGCACAAUUGGUGACUCGGCUUUUCAAUUGGUUGAUGGGUGACCCUGAUUUUGUACCCGUAGAUGUGUUUGAAGAUGUUGAAAACCAAGUUGCAAAUAAUGAGAUGGGGAUAAGAAGUCAGGAAAUGAGAAAGAUCUGUAAUAAUAUUACUUCUAGUUUGAUGGCGAAAAGAUCUCAUUAUUAGUAAAAAGUCGAGAGCUUG